AUCAACUCGAUUUUUUCUUUACAUGUCUAUUCCUCUUACUUCUACACAGCCUUACUAUUUCAACCAUCUCAUUCGACCUACGACACCCAAAAGGCCUGUACCGCCAUUGGAUAAGGCGAGCAUACCGAGACCGUAUAAAUGUCCCGUGUGUCCUAAAUCAUUUUACAGACUUGAACAUCAAACACGUCAUAUUCGCACACACACAGGCGAAAAGCCUCAUCACUGCACGUUUCCUGGUUGUGCAAAAAAGUUCUCAAGGUCAGAUGAACUGACUCGUCACGUCCGCAUCCAUACUUCGCCUAAUAAAAGACGUGCCCGUAAGAGCCAUCCAAAGUCUUUAACAACAGCUGGCUCUCUUCUUCAACCACAACAGCAGCAGCAACAGCAGCAACAGCAACAGCAACAGCAGCAACAAAAGCCUAUUCAGCUUUACAAUCAACCCAUUGUUGCAAAACCACUGCUUCAUCAUCCCUCUCCUCCUGCUCUUUCUCCUUCUGCACCUUUAUCACCUGCACUCUCCACUACCAGCUCCACUUUCUCUAUGAAUCAUCAUCCACUCUUAACUCCCGAUCAAUCCCCCAUUUUGACACCGGUAGGCUCUCCUCGCCUCAUGUCUUUACCAACGCCUACCUCUUCUAUGUUUGCCAAGAUUGCACCUUUGGAAUGCAAUCAUCUUGAUCCCGUCUGUAACCGAUUACCCGCCACGCCUGGCAGUCUGUUGGAAAUCUUAAAGAGACCACCUCAAGCUCGCGUGCUACCUCCUGUCACUACGACGACGACGACUUGCGCUACUACGAAUGUCAAUGGAACAGCCAAUACAUUGCCUCCCAUUCAUUCCAUUGUUCCAUUUUAAAGCUUUGUGAUUCCCCCCUCUGUUUUAUUUUUGUACAUAGAUUCAUAUUCGUCCCCCAUACCUGGUAUAACCCACCCCUCUCUCUCUUCUCUCUUUUUUUAUAUACUUUUAAUGUAGAUGCUUUAUCCUCUUUUGAUAUAUAAUUCUAAUUUUACAUUUUUUUUAUUUUUUUUUUCAUUGCUGCUUUGGUUUUUUAUUACAGUGUACAUACAUACAUAUCCCCC